GUAUCUUGUUAAAGCUGCGGAGAUGAGAGACGAGAUUUUUGCCGUUUAAAGAGGAAUCGCGUAAAAGCCAAGAUUUAUCCAGCGAAUUUAUCGAGACGCUCCACACGAGCCGAUCUUAUAAAGACUUUGGACGCUCUAAUGCGAUACCGAUAUAUCAGGAUGUGCAGCCGCGUCGUAUGCUUGUCUCUGCUGCUGCUUCAGAUCGUCUCGUUCGCUCACGGGCAGUGUUCGGUGCCGACGAACCUCGCCUUACAGCAGCGUUCACCGGUGUUUCUGGGCUUUAACAAUUUUUUCAAGUACCCGCACGCCAAGAACACGAAGGAGCUGAGCUUCGAUUGGUACGAAGACCGUCUGCUCUACUGUCCGGGAGGUACUCUCAGUAUGAGCAUAGCCGGUCAACCGGAUGUAUCCUUGAACCCGGUAGAUUCGGAUCCGUACCUCCUGCCACCGGUAGUGCGCUGCUUGUCUGGUGACAAGUUUAUCCUUCAGAGCGAGAACGGUUACGAGCAAAAGGUCAGCCUGGACCAGUUCAAAUGCUCGGAGUACCCGGUAGCGAUAUCCUACUAUCACUUCGAGGGCAACAGUCCCAAGCAGUGCUCCAACCUGAACGGCAACAUCGGUGUAAUCGUGAAUCUUGGCUUCGUCAUCGACGCGCCCGCUGAGAAGUCACUGGCAGUAAUCCAGCUUUGUUACGAGGAUGCCCGCGCCACCACGAUCUGGUCCCAUCAUAUCUUGUCGCCGGCUGCAUCAGGUCGCGUCGUCUUCAAAACUUCGAAAAACGACGCGAUACGCUGGGACUUCGAGCCAGGCCAUGUCUUCGAGGGCCUGAAAAUGAAGAAAUUAUACAAAGCAUGCGAGGAGGCCGAAGCCUUCGGCAGGUUAUUGAAAGACCCUGUGAUGGAGCAACUGGAGCUCAAAGAUUAUUACGGCAACCAGAUCACUGAUGAGCGACUGCUGCAACCCAGCCAAAUCGAGGAACUCAAGGAUGAGCUCAAAGUUGCAGUCGAACGGUACAUAUACUGGAACACUACAAACCACGCGGACAACACGAUGUUGGUCAAGGGACACCUGGCUCCGAGAGCUGACUUUUUCUACCUAGUCGAGGAGAGAUCGACCUUCUUCUUCUCGAACGCCUUACCCAUGUGGCACACCAUUAACGGCGGCCACUGGCUAGAGAUGGAAAAGUGGGUGCGCAAAUUGGCGAACAAGAAGGAGUGCUUCUUGGACGUCUGGACCGGUGGUCUGAGAACCAUGAAAAUCCACGGAAAAUUGAUAAACCUGGGACAACGGUUAACCGAGCGAAAGAUGGGCGCGAGUGCAAGCGUGAUACCCGUCGUUCCGGUACCGGAGAUACUCUUCAAGAUCGUGCGAUGCCAAGCGUUGAACGAGGCGAUCGUUUUUCUCGCGAUCAAUGAUCCUCUGCUCGAACUCGAUGGUAUGGAUGCGGAGGAGCACAUCCAUUGUAUAAAAGACUAUCAACUCUGCAGGCUGUUGAAAGCCCACUGGUACCUGCCGGAUAACACUCGAAAAGGUUUUACCUACUGUUGCGAGUAUCACGAUUUCAUCAAUCACCCAGUGGCUCAAGAAAUAAGCAUACCCAUAGAGCAGAUGCCUCCCGACGUCCAGCCGUUGAUACGCGAUGCGUCGGACCUGUUAAGAGUCAAGCGCAAUAUACACUUGACAUCAGUUGCUCGUACACCCGACAUGGCCGUGAUGCUGUCCUCGCGCCUCGCGAUACUCAUUCUUCUCGCGGCGGCGCACUGUGGCAUCUGCGCUGAAGCGAAAUGUAGGAUCGACCUAAAUAAGGACGUCACCGCGAGCUCGCCGCUCUUCUUGAGCAUCGGCUCCCUCGAGCCGAUCUAUCCGGAACGAAGCUCGCCUCAGUUGCUGACCUUCAACUCUGGCCAGAAGCAUCUGCUCUACUGUCCGGGUGGUCAGAUAACCCGAUUCGAGCGAACCACCAACUCCAGUACCGAACUGGCCAAGUGCCUGGAUGGCAAGAGCUUUUCGAGUGUGCCCUACCACAACCUUGAAUACUCGUUCGAUCAGGUCGCCUGCUCCAAGAAUCCAUCACCCGUGACCAGGUCGAACAACAGACACAAGUGCAGCAGUGACGGUGUGUUGGUGGAGAUCGGCUACCAGGUGAAGGACAGCGGCUUUCAAAGAACCAUUCAAGUCUGCCACUCGAGAAACCUAGCGACUACCAGCUGGGCUCACUCCACGAUUCGCGGGGCCAUAGGUGGUAGUAAGGUUUUCAGGGACGCGGGAGCCCCGACUUUCAGCAAGGGACAGUUCUUCGAGAACGUCGUGAUGAACAAGGUCUACCCGCGGAAUCAUCAGGUCGCGACCUUUGCCAACAUUUUCAAUCAGGACAAGAGCUUGGUCGAGCGGUACCUUCCGUCCACGGGUCCGUCGAAGAACUACCUAGUUCGCGGCCAUCUGGUCGCACGCGCCGACCAGUUCUACUACGCGGAGCAGUACUCGACCUAUUCGUACCUGAACGUCCUGCCGAUGUGGCAGAGCGUGAACAACGGCAACUGGAAGAGCGUCGAGUCAAUGGUGCGCCGCACGGCCAGCGUUAUCGGCGACCUGGAGGUAUACACCGGCGGUUUAGGUAUACUUCAAUUAUCCGGCAAAGAAAUCUACCUGUCCCACGACCGACACGACAGUUUGAAACUUUUGGUGCCAGUGCCGAAACUCCUGUUCAAACUCGCCUACAGUCCAACCUUACACCAAGCCUUGGUCUUCGUAACCGUCAACAAUCCCUACCUUACCGACUCGGACAUCCGAUCCAACGACCUUAGGAUCUGCCGUCAGGAACACCAGAGCUGUAGAUCGACUCAGUUCGACAAGACGAACGAAGGUUUCACCUACUGCUGUUUGCACGAAGACUUUGUCUCUAGCGACGCCGCGAACCUCCUGACUCUGCCGCUGACAUUGAGAAACGUGGCGCCGUUGAGACUUUACUGAGAAGACACCCGGUAUAUAUCCAUCUAUAUGUAUACGUGGGGCGACCGUGUGUUUUUCCCUUUUUAACACGUGCGGCGCACUUGCAAGACACUUUUAAAAGCCCCCUUUUCAAGCGCGCUUGUAUACCUCUGUUUUUCUUUUUUCCUCCCACGAGGUGUUUAGUAUAUACUACAUCUCGGUGUACGAGACGAGCAGCCAUGAAUGUAUAGGAAAAUAUACUUGUUCGAAUUUUCAAAAGCGUCGAAAAAUAUUAGCGGCGCGUGUGUAUAGUGUAUCAUAGCUGUUUUUCUGAAAAACGCUGGCGAACGCCACGAUUUCCUGGAAUCCUCGAUAAUUUUAUCCGAAUGAAGCAGCUAUAACGUCGUGACCGGAGAGAGAGCCGCCUCGUGAUUCGGUCACACACAUUUCUCGUAUCUCGCUUUUUUACGCUCUUUUACUCGGCCUCGUCGAAGACGAUCUAUUAAACGCGUACGCCACAUAAUAAUGUUCAAAUACAUGCUCCUAUCUUUAUUUAAUUCGCGCUCUGCACUUUCCGAUCGGUUCUGCGUAAAUUUUAAAAAAUUUGGAACUUAUACUCGUAUUACAUCGAGCGUGCAAAUUAAGUAGAAAAAAAAAUCUAUCUGUAUACACGUAUCGCAUAAAGAAAAUGGUAUAUAGAUUGAGAAUAAAUAAAAUGAAAACACUUACCUAUACAAGUGACUCCCGAAAAAAAAAAAAAAAAAAAAAAAAUCAGUUUUUGUAGAGAGCGAAGAGGAACCGGCGUCGAGCUGUAUACUCUUCGUUGGCAGUCAGAAGAGCUGCGAAAGCGUGUAAUCGUCCCCCGGAGGAAGGAAGAGGCGCGUGGGUCGUUAUCUCCCUUGAACUCCGGUCCCGAUAGCGACCGUAUACCCGAGCUUUACGCGCUUCUCUCUCUCUCUCUCUCUUUCUCUGUUUUUUCUCUUCGUCGCCUUCGCUCUUUCUCUCUUUCGUCGAUGACAUGAUUUUUACUCGGCGUUUAUGUGACUAAUGUGAACUUUGCUUUUCGGUAUUUUGUAGAUAGUUUUUGGUAAAGUUCAUCUAAAAGACCGGCUGAUGUGCUUCGUAUCUUCUUUACUAACGUUAUUGUGAUUCAUCGCAUAAGAAUGUAUAAAAUAAAAUCUUUUCGUGGCAAAGAACUUACAAGCUCUAAGCAUCGUGUUAGAAGUGCGCAUUAAAUUAUUUAUGAAUUUUCAAUUCUCCGCAUCUAAAAUCAGGCAAAAAUCAGGCAAAACCUCUAAUAUUGAAUAUUCGCGCCGAAACACGCGACUUACCAAUAAAAUUCUAACUUAACGA